AUGGAGGUGCCCGGGAGCCUGUACAAGAAAGUCAAGCUGAGCAACAACGUGCAGAACUGGGGGAUGCAGAGAGCAACUAAUGUCACCUAUCAAGCUCAUCAUGUCAGCAGGAACAAAAGAGGCCAGGUGGUGGGGACCAGAGGUGGCUUUCGUGGUUGCACAGUUUGGCUAACAGGCUUAUCUGGAGCAGGGAAGACCACCGUGAGCAUGGCUUUGGAGGAGUACUUAGUUUGCCAUGGUAUUCCAUGCUAUACUUUGGAUGGUGACAACAUUCGUCAAGGCCUUAAUAAAAAUCUUGGCUUUAGUCCUGAAGACAGAGAAGAAAAUGUGCGACGCAUUGCAGAAGUGGCUAAGUUGUUUGCAGAUGCUGGCUUAGUAUGCAUCACAAGUUUCAUAUCGCCUUAUACUCAGGAUCGCAACAAUGCGAGGCAGAUCCAUGAGGGUGCGAGUUUACCUUUCUUUGAAGUAUUUGUUGAUGCUCCUCUGCAUGUUUGUGAACAGAGGGAUGUCAAAGGACUCUAUAAAAAAGCACGGGCUGGAGAAAUUAAAGGUUUCACUGGGAUUGAUUCUGAAUAUGAAAAGCCAGAGGCCCCUGAGCUGGUGCUGAAGACAGACUCCUGUGAUGUGAAUGACUGUGUCCAGCAGGUUGUGGAGCUUCUGCAGGAGCGGGAUAUUGUACCUGUAGAUGCCUCUUAUGAAGUAAAAGAACUGUAUGUGCCAGAAAAUAAACUUCAUUUGGCAAAAACAGAUGCAGAAACACUACCAGCAUUGACAAUUAGUAAAGUGGACAUGCAGUGGGUGCAGGUUCUGGCAGAAGGUUGGGCCACCCCACUGAAUGGCUUUAUGCGAGAGAGGGAGUACUUGCAGUGUCUUCAUUUUGAUUGUCUUCUGGAUGGGGGUGUCAUUAACUUGUCAGUGCCUAUAGUUCUGUCAGCUACUCAUGAAGAUAAAGAGAGGCUGGACGGCUGUACAGCAUUUGCUCUGAUGUACGAGGGCCGCCGUGUGGCUAUUCUUCGCCACCCCGAGUUCUUUGAGCACCGGAAGGAGGAGCGUUGUGCCCGCCAGUGGGGAACGACAUGCAAGAACCACCCCUACAUCAAGAUGGUUAUGGAACAAGGAGAUUGGCUCAUUGGAGGAGAUCUUCAAGUCUUGGACCGAAUUUAUUGGAAUGAUGGUCUUGAUCAGUAUCGUCUUACUCCUUCUGAACUAAAGCAGAAGUUUAAAGAUAUGAAUGCUGAUGCUGUCUUUGCAUUUCAAUUACGCAACCCAGUGCACAACGGACAUGCUCUACUAAUGCAGGACACCCAUAAACAGCUUCUAGAGAGGGGCUACCGGCGCCCUGUUCUCCUCCUGCACCCUCUGGGUGGCUGGACCAAGGAUGACGACGUUCCUUUGAUGUGGCGAAUGAAGCAGCAUGCUGCCGUGCUGGAGGAAGGCGUCCUGAAUCCCGAAACAACGGUGGUGGCCAUCUUCCCGUCUCCCAUGAUGUAUGCUGGACCAACUGAGGUCCAGUGGCACUGCAGAGCGAGGAUGGUGGCAGGAGCCAAUUUCUACAUUGUUGGACGGGAUCCUGCUGGCAUGCCUCAUCCAGAAACGGGGAAGGACCUGUACGAGCCAACUCACGGCGCCAAAGUGCUGACAAUGGCCCCUGGCCUAAUCACGCUGGAAAUAGUUCCCUUUCGUGUUGCCGCUUACAACAAAAAAAAGAAGCACAUGGACUACUAUGACUCUGAACACCAUGAAGACUUUGAAUUUAUUUCGGGAACACGGAUGCGCAAGCUUGCCCGAGAUGGCCAGAAGCCUCCUGAGGGUUUCAUGGCUCCCAAGGCCUGGACUGUGCUGGUGGAAUACUACAAAUCCCUGGAGAAAGCGUGA